UCGCCAUAUCAGAGGUUCCCACCACCUCCCCAGGAACUCUCCCAAGAUUCCUUUAGCUCCCAGUCCAGCGCACCUCCUUCCAACCAACCCAUGCCUUCUAACAAGAGCAGUCAAGAAGAUAGCAUGCAGGGCAGACCAUCCAGUUUGCCGGAUCUGUCAGGCUCCAUCGACGACCUUCCCACUGGCACGGAGGGCGCCCUGAGCCCAGGAGUCAGCACCUCGGGAGUGUCCAGCAGCCAGGGGGAGCAAAGCAACCCCGCCCAGUCGCCUUUCUCGCCACACACGUCGCCCCACCUGCCGGGCAUUCGCGGGCCCUCGCCGUCACCCGUGGGCUCCCCCGCCAGCGUCACGCCCUCUCGCACCGGCCCUCUGUCCCCCGCCGCCGUGCCAGGAAAUCAGAUGCCUGCCCGGCCGCCCAGUGUCCAGUCAGACAGCAUCAUGCACUCUUCCAUGAACCAGUCGGCCAUGGGCCAAGACAGGGUGUACAUGCGUAACCCACAGAUGCCUCCUUACGGGUCCCCGGGACAACCUGGCUCUGCCUUAUCUCCACGCCAGUCUUCGGGGGGUCAGAUGCACAGUGGAAUGGGACCCUACCCCCAGAACAACUCUAUGGGAAACUACGGCCCUCAAGGGGGGCAGUAUGGCCCUCAAGGUUAUCCCAGGCCGCCCGGCUACUCAGGGAUGCCCAAUGCCAAUUACCCCAGCGGUCCUGGCAUGGGUGGCUCCAUGAACCCCAGCGGACCACCCUACGGAAAUAUGCCGCCCGGUGGCAGGGUGGGCCCCGGGCAGAUGGGCGCAAGGCCCUACGGUCCUGGAAUGGGCUCCAACAUGGGCAACAUGCCUCCUCAGGUGGUAUCUGGGAUGUGCCCACCUCCAGGAAUGAACAGGAAAGACGGCGGGCCCUCCAUGCACCACGGACCAUCCAACUCCAUACACAACAGACCACCUGGCUACCCCAUGUCUCAAAGCAUGAUGGGUUCAGCUUCUCCGUAUGGCCCGGGCAUGAACAGCAUGCAUGGUAUGAUGAACCAGGGAGGUCCAGGUCCUUAUCCCAUGGGGCCAAACAUGGGCAACAACACCCCCGGAAUGCCUCCAAGUUCCGAGUUUGGCAUGGACAAGAUGAACCAGGCCCAGAAAAUGAACAACAAAGUAGACGGGACUCCAAAAACCGAAUCCAAAAAGAAAUCAAGUUCUUCUACCAUCACCAACGAGAAGAUCACUCGUCUCUACGAGCUUGGCCCGGAGCCCGAAAGGAAGAUGUGGGUGGAUCGCUACCUGGCCUUCGCUGAGGAGAAAGCCAUGGGCAUGAACAACCUCCCCGCUGUUGGACGCAAGCCUCUCGACUUGUUCCGACUCUACGUAUCCGUCAAGGAGAUCGGAGGCCUCACCCAGGUUAACAAGAACAAGAAAUGGCGAGAGCUUGCCACCAAUCUCAACGUGGGCACGUCGAGCAGCGCAGCCAGCUCCCUCAAGAAGCAAUACAUCCAGUGUUUGUACGCCUUCGAGUGCAAGAUCGAGCGUGGCGAGGAGCCGCCCCCGGACUUUUUCAAUACGGACACCAAAAAGAACCAGCCUAAGAUCCAGCCACCCAGCCCUGCUGGGUCUGGAUCGCUCCAAGGACCGCAGACUCCUCAGUCUACCAGUAGUUCAAUGGCAGAAGGGGGAGAACUGAAGCCUCCCACCCCAGCCUCCACCCCUCACACGCAAAUGCCUCCCAUGCCUGGCGCCAGGAGUAGCGUCAAUCUUCAGGACCCCUUUGCUGACGGUGGCGACCCAGCAUUUUCCAGAAGGAACACCAUGACCCCCAACUCUCAGAACUACCAACCUGGAAUGGGCGGCCCCGAGAUGAUGGGUCGCAUGGGCCCCUAUGAAUCCAACAAGGACCCAUUUGGCGGCAUGAGGAAAGGUGAAUGGACUGGAGAACAGUUCAUGUCACCUGGUCCUAAUAGUGGGAUGGGAGAACAGUAUAACAGAGGCCCACCAGGACCAAUGGGAAGUCUGCCAAUGGGCCAGAGGCAACAAUAUCCCUAUGGAUAUGACCGCAGACACGACUCCUAUGCCAAUCAGUAUCCUGGUCAAGGAGCGCCACCUGGUGGUCCUUAUCCAAACCAACAACCAGGGAUGUAUCCACAGCAGCAACCGAACUACAAGCGUCCCGUGGACGGCGUAUACGGUCCCCCCGCCAAGCGCCACGAGGGGGAAAUGUACAACGUCCCUUAUAGCGGUCAGCAACCCCCGGGACCUCAAUCUUCUGGACCCCAGGGCCAGCAGGACAUGUAUAAUCAGUACAACGCCUACCCCGGGGGGGAGCGGAGACCUCCGGGUCCGCAGAACCAGUUCCCCUUCCCCUUUGGCCGGGACCGCGGCCCGUCAUCCGGCGGGCCCAAUUCCCAGUCGCCAAUGCCUCCUCAGAUGAUGGCGAACCCCAUGCCCUCGGGUCCCGACGGACCCCAGGGGCCCAUGUGGCAGGGCCGCAACGAGAUGGGCUACCCCAACUAUCACAACCGCCAGGGGCCCCCCGUACCCGGCCAGGCCCCCGGAUACCACGGCAUGAACCGCUCCGAGGAGAUGAUGUCGUCGGAUCAGCGCAUGAACCACGACGGCCCGUGGCCCGGCCACGUCAACCAGCGGCAACCGCCCUUCGGCCCUGGCGCUUCCGGUCCCCCCAUGACCAGGCCCCUGCCGUCGACUUAUCAGACUUCCCAGAACCAUAUUCCUCAGGGGUCCAGUCCGGCGCCCGUUCCCCGGCCCAUAGAGAGCAGGACAUCGCCCAGCAAGUCCCCUUACAUGCAUCCCGGCAUCAAGGUGCAGAAAGCCGGACCCCCGGUGCCCGCCUCUCACAUUGGACAGACGCCUGUGCAGCAACCGAUGAUGCGGCGAGAUCCAGGCUUUCCUCCUGGCUCUGUGGAAUGCUCCCAACCGCACCUCAAACCACGAAGACGGCUAACCAUGAAAGACAUCGGCACACCUGAAGCGUGGCGUGUGAUGAUGUCACUAAAGUCUGGAUUACUAGCGGAGAGUACCUGGGCCUUGGACACCAUCAACAUCUUACUCUAUGAUGACAAUAGCAUCACCACUUUUAACUUGUGCCAGCUGCCAGGAUUCCUGGAGUUGGUGGUGGAGUACUUCAGAAGGUGCCUGAUCGAGAUCUUCGGCAUCCUGAAAGAGUACGAAGUGGGCGACCCCGGCCAGCGAACCCUCCUCGACCCCAACGCCGCCGAAGACUCCGACGACGACACGCCGAUGCCCGAGGGAGAGGUCGUCGACACGGAUGACGAGGACGACGAAGACGAGGAGGAGAGAUCCCAGAGAGACGAGGACGAAGGCGAGGGAAAGCCGAGGGUCAAGGAACCUGCUACCUCAGGGUCUUCCCAGGACCCCAACGCGGAGAAGCCCAGGCAGGCGAGCAAGUUUGACAAGCUCCCCAUCAAGGUGGUGCGCAAGAAGAACCCCUUCCAGGCCAGCCGCGCGUCCCAGCCGGGCCAGCGGCAGAGUUUCGACAGCGGUCUGCUCCACUGGAGCGUGGGCGGCGGUGACAUCACCGAGCACAUCCAGACCCAUUUCGAGAGCCGCGUCAGCCGCCUCAAAGCCCGCAAGCGUUCGCCCAAGGAGACCCGACCGGGACGGGAGCUCCCGGGUUCCGAGGUCCCGGAGGUGCCUCCGGCCGGCGGCGCACCAGUCACCGCCACCAUCGACGACGUCCUGUCGGCGCGGCCCGGCUCGGUCACGGAGGAGGCGGUCCGGGGCGGCGCCGAGGAGCGGAAGGAGAACGGCAAGUACCUGUUCAGCAUCAACCCCGAGCAGCAGAGCCGCCGCAAGGUGAAGAUCUUAGAGGACGAGCCGCACAGCAAAGACGAGACGCCGCUGGGCACGCUGGCCGACUGGCAGGAUUCGCUGGCGCGGCGCUGCGUCUGCGUGUCCAACAUCGUGCGCAGCCUCUCGUUCGUACCCGGCAACGACCAGGAAAUGUCCAAGCACCCGGGUCUGCUCCUUCUCCUGGGCCGCCUUGUCCUGCUGCACCACCGGCACCCCGAACGCAAACAGGCGCCCGUCACCUACGAGAAGGAGGACGAAGAGGACGAGGGCGUGAGCUGCGAGCGCGACGAGUGGUGGUGGGAUUGUCUGGAGGUUCUGCGGGAGAAUUGCCUGGUGACUUUGGCCAACAUCUCGGGCCAGCUGGACCUGUCGAUGUACUCUGAGAGCAUUUGCCUGCCGCUUCUGGACGGCCUGCUCCACUGGGCCGUGUGCCCCUCGGCCGAGGCCCUGGACCCCUUUCCCGCCCUGGGCCCGCACGGCUCGCUGUCGCCGCAGAGACUGGUCCUGGAGACCCUGAGCAAGCUAAGCAUCCAGGACAACAACGUGGACCUGAUCCUGGCCACGCCGCCCUUCAGCCGCCUGGAGAAGCUCUACGGCGCCCUGGUGCGGCUGGUGGGCGAGCGCAAGGUGGCCGUGUGCCGCGAGAUGGCGGUGGUGCUGCUGGCCAACCUGGCGCACGGCGACAGCCUGGCGGCGCGCGCCAUCGCCGUGCAGAAGGGUAGCGUGGGAAACCUGCUGGGCUUCCUGGAGGACAGCCUGGCCGCCACGCAGUACCAGCAGAGUCAGAGCACGCUGCUGCAGAUGCAGGCGCACUUCGAGCCUACCAGCGUGGACAUGAUGCGCAGGGCGGCUCGGGCCCUGCACGCCCUCGCGCGUCUGGAGGACAACCACUCGGAGUUCACGCUGUACGAGUCGCGGCUGCUGGACGUGUCCGUGUCGCCGCUCAUGAACUCGGCCGUGUCGCAGGUCAUCUGCGACGUGCUCUUUCUCGUCGGCCAGUCGUGA